AUGAAGAACCUUAGCAGUGCAUGUGUAACAGGUAGCUGUCACCUUUGGCUAUCUCCUUCCUGGACUACACCACCUGGUGGUUGGCUAGUGAGCACCAACUCACUGGGAAAUACUUCCCCUAGUAGUACUACACAGAAGACUUCGCACUCAGCCAGUCGGAAGCAGCCCCACAAUGGAACCGGAGCCGAAGGUCACGCAAAAGCUUUUAUCGAAGAUGGUCAAGACAACAGGAACCACAGUCCGGAGUCCCUCCACGAGCAAGAAAGUGCAUCGCCUCGUCUGGAUUGGCUUCUGCUGCGCUGCCAGUCUCCCAGAGCCUCAAUCACCACUGCAGUCCCCCUGGGAGAGAAGAUAGAGAGGAACGAAAACAAGAUGACAGAAAAGCAACUGGGGGAAAGAGUUCUGCAGUUAUUUGAAGAAAAAUGUGAAGUUCUUGAAAAAAUAUCAGAAUUGAAACAGAAGAUUAAGGAAAGUGAACAGCAGUUAGUGGAGUCCGAGAAAACAAAAUCCUCUUCUGCCCAUGAAAAUGAAAAACUUCAGGAAGCAUUUGAAGCUUUACAACAAAAUAAUGAAAACCUGAUGGAAAAGCUCAGGACACUGCAGUCUGCUGUAGAAGAAGAAAGGAGAAAGAACCUGCAUCAAGAAGAAAGAUUGUCUGACACUCAAAAGUCAUUCAAGAAGCUUCAGAGUUUAAUUAAUUCUAAGAGUGCUGAACUGUCAAAGGUACAAACUUGUUUGGAAGAGGCCAGACUAAAAGAAGCAGCAGUAAAAGCUGAACUGCAAUCUGUGUUGAAAGAAAACAACACUUUAAAAGACAGUAACAAAAAUCUAUUGAAAGAGGCCAGAAGCUGGGAAGAGCAAUACAGAGAACUUUCUGAGCAAAUGAAAACACUCCAGAAGAGUCAGAAAGAUUCAGAAGACACUAUUGCAAGUAAAGACAAUGAAAUAAAGGUUUUGUCCGAUUGCAUUACUGAGUUAAGACAGCUUGAAACCGAAGCUAAAUGUGAGACUGUGGAGUUGCAGAAAGGAGAUGCCAAGUCCAAUGAAGAAACUCAAGGUAAAAAGAAUGAUGCCAUGAAGAACAAGAUAAAACAGAUGAUGGACGUGUCACGGAUAAAGACAACUCUGACAAUUGUUGAAGGAGAACGAGACCGAUAUAAGGCAAAACUACUGGCUGAAGAAAAUUCCAGACACCAACUGGAAGAGCAAAUACAAAAGCUGGAGCAUGGUCAUGCUUCUUUGAAAAGCGAGAAGUCCCAUCUCGAAAUUGAAUUCAAGACCAUGGAACAGAAACUGGACAUCAUGGAUAAGUUGUACCAACAGAAAGAGAAUGCACUCCAGCAAAAACUAACACAGGAAGAGUAUGAGCGUCGUGAAAAGGAGCAGAAACUAUCUGAAGUCGAUAGCAAGGCUGUGCAAGCACGAGAAGAAUUAAAGAUUUACAAGCAAAGAAUUCAAGAAAUCGGGGAGGAAUUACAAAAAACAGACCGCUUUUAUAAAAUUCAGAUUGCAUCUUAUGAAAAGAAAGCACAUGAAAACUGGCUUAAUGCACGAGCUGCUGAAAGGACUUUAGUGGAAGAGAAGAGAGAAACUUCAAACCUAAGACAAAAACUUGUUGAAGUUAAUGAUAAACUCAAAGAAAUCCAAAGAACUUCCCUAAUUAAAUCAACCCCUGGCCGCCCAGAUAGACAGAUCCCACCACCACACAGAGGCACACUGAACCAUAACAACUGCUAUGGCCCACCUCCUGUGAGUGGAGGUGACCCUUCCCACCCACCAAUGAUUGAGGGCCCUGGGCACCCUCCUUCUGCUCCUGUGGGUAGAAGAGAACCCUUCGGUCACAUGGAUGGUCAAUUUGGUCCAAGAAGACCCCCACCUGAAACUUCCACACGAUUUUCUGGCCCUGAACGUGGACUUCCACCUCCAUUCAGAGCAGAUGUUGGAGAAUGUGCCCCACCAUUGAUUUCUAGUGGCCCAAGGACUUCCUCGCCUAGCAUUCCAUUGGAUGACUCGGUAAGUCAGCGAGAUGGUUUGAUAACUAGUAAUACAACAUAAGUUGUCUCUUCUUGUAUCUCUGUCCUGUAUUUUU